CGUAGUCGUGUGUUGUGCCGUGAUAAGUACGCAAUUCUGUGUUUUCAACAUUUCCAGAAAUACUGUAUUGGAAUGAUUUUUCUAGUGUGAAUAUAAAUAGUAAUAUUUUAGGUUAGCUUUUUGGAAGAUUAUUUAUAAAAUUUGAAGAUGGAGGAUGAACGUGGAAGCAGUGAAGGUCCAGCGAAGAUCACGGAACCUGUAAUAACUGUUCCAAAUCCCAGAGCCUUUCAACAAACAGUUGCACAAGUCACAGUUCCUACCAUACCUGGACAGUCCAAAAUUAUGACGUCAGAGAGCUUCACAACGCUUGAUACAUUUGAUACUCAAUUCCCAGCUGAUUCCGUGGAAUGGUGCCCCAUAGAACCCUAUCGGAAUUUAUUUGUCUGUGGCACAUAUCACUUGGCUCAAGAAGAUUUACAGACGGCUGCAACAGGUGAAAAAGUGCCAGAGCGUCUUGGGCAGAUUUAUCUGUUUCAAGUGAUCGAGAAGAAAUUAUUGAGAAUAAUGAAGAAAGCACAUGUAGCAGCUGUAUUAGAUAUGAAGUGGGCCCAUGUUAGGCUGAAUGGAAAAAUAUUACUAGGUGUUGUGAGUGCUGAUGCAUCUAUAGAAAUUUAUCAAUUGUUGGAAGAAAGGGAACCGAAGUUACAUUUAACUUCAAAGUCACAUUUAGAUGGUAAUAUUCCAGGGCUCUUGGCCUUGUCUUUAGACUGGUCGACAGGAAGAUGCAAAAGUAAUGAUAAUACACAUGCGAGCAUCGUCGUAAGCGAUUCAGAAGGAAAGUUUAAUAUUCUUCAGCUGAAUGAAACUGAGGAAUUGGAGAAAACUAUUUCUUGGAACGCACACGAAUUUGAAGCGUGGAUCGCUGCGUUCGACUAUUGGGAUACUAAUAUAGUAUACACUGGUGGAGAUGAUAGUACAUUUUUGCGUUUUGAUCUGAGAAUGAGUCCUAAGCCAGUUUCCAUAAACAGAAGUCAUCAUACUGGAGUAACAAGUCUUCAUUGUAAUUCUUCUAAGGAAUUUUCCUUAGCUUCUGGAAGCUAUGAUGAAACUCUACGGCUUUGGGACACAAGAAAUAUUGCAAGACCGUUAUCAGAACUUAAUCUAGGAGGUGGAAUAUGGCGAUUGAAAUGGGAUCCAUUCUUUAAAGAUUAUCUCUUAGCAGCCUGUAUGUACGACGGUUUUAAAAUAAUAAAUUGUCAACAGUCCAGCAAUCCAGUGAUCAUAGCUCAGUACAUGGAGCACAAAAAUAUUUCCUAUGGUUGCGACUGGUCCUUUUCAACCAGCGAAGAGUUCUCUCCUGAUAGUAGUAAGAAUCUUGCGUUAAUAGCUACGUGUUCAUUUUAUGAUCAUAUUUUACAUUUAUCCACUGUAUCCCUGACUGAUGACUGAUUAGUUAAAAAUAUAAUAAUAUUUACAUA